CAUGUCAAGCAUUUCACGAAACACACAGUAUCAGGAAUACACCGCGAAUGCACGACUGAGUAACCAUCUUAUACUUGAAGUAAUGUUUGAGGAAUUUCAGGAUACCAUGAUCCGAACAUGAUGGCUGUAUGUAAAAAAUACAAAGAGAACUGAGACUUGCUCUAAAUAUGGAGGUGUCCUUUACUGACAGCGACAGUGGAGAUGAAGAGCCCAAUUUACCCAUUUACCAGGUAGAAGAUGGCAGAAGAGAGAACCAGUCUGAAAAAGACAGUCGCCUAGUAGACCAGCUGGCUGAAAGUCUACAGGUGAUGGAGGCAGCGUUUAUGUGUCAUGUCGUCCAGACAAAGGUAAUCAAUGAACAAGACGUUGAUCUGCAGAUCCGAGUCCAUAUUGAAAACAAUGAGAUGAUGCCUCAUUUCAUGGAUAUGCUUGAGCGGGGUGUGAUCCAGUGUAAGAGCUCAUAUUGCAAGGUUCACCAAAUAGCUGGAAACUGUACAACAUGCCGAAAUCAUGUUCCUCAAAAUGCUGGGGAAAUAAAUAUGAUCUUUGAAUUGAGUGAUAAAAGUCGAUGUGAGCAUUGUGUAGCAGGGAAGGCUGCUGAUGAGAAGCUGCAGUGUGAUGCUGUCAGUGCUGUUACAGAUGCAGCACCAAAGGCAGAUGAAGCAGGAGGACAAAGAAGGGGGAUCCCAAGGAGGAGGAAAACAACAAUCAAAAUGAUGGAGAGGUUAGAUGUAGAUUCAGAUGUCCGAGAGGAUGGGGAUGAUGAUGUUGAGGAUGAUAAAGAUGAUGAUGAUCGGCAGAGAAAGGAAGACAUGAAACCCUUGACUAGAAGAAAAGCCUCAGGGCCAUCCCAGACUCCCACAGCAAAGGCUAAGCCUGCAACAAGGGCGCAGAAAAUUAAGAAGGUUUUGAAACUGGAGUCAGCUAAAGAUGUGGAGCUUUCUCCUGACCAGCCUGACAAUAAGACUUCCAUGUUCAAGGAAGUUGUGAAGACAACUAGAAGAUCCAAAAACAAAAAGUUUGAAUGCAAUGUUUGUGGUAAGAGUUUUGUAUCAAAGAACGAAAUUCUUCAACAUGUAAAAUCUCAUGAAGUACCCUGUAGUGAUCAGCUGACUGAUAAUUUGGUUGAAGCCGAUAGUACCAGGAAAAGUGCAAAGGAGGAGACAGAUGUGACAAGUGAAAGUAAAGUCAUAAGUGAAAAUGUAGUUGUGAAUGAAAAGGAAAGUUCAAAGGGUAAAAAUACUGAAACACGAAGAGAAACGAAAAGAAAAAGAAGUGUGAGUGAUCUCCGCCCUUACAAGUGUGCUGUGUGUGGAAGAACUUACCAAAUGCUGAAGACUCUGAAGAGUCAUGAACGUGUUCAUAGCGACAGUACAGAAUAUGAAUGCAAUGUUUGUGGCAAAGGUUUUCACAUCCCAAGUCGGCUCCAAGUACCACAUGAGAAUACACACAGGUGA